GUGGGGCAGGUCUGACGCUGCUCACGGCGUGGAAAAGUUCAGUAAAUUGGCUUCCUCCAUAAAACCGUGGGGCGACCAAAGAACAUUGAACCGACUUUUACGGCCGGGAUUAUGAGUUAAUCCCCAGCGCCGGUUGUUCCCGCCGUUUGGUGGACUGCUUUAUAAAUGCUUCUGGCUGCUGUUCGCCUACUGGAUGGACGGUCGCACCCCGACCGCGCGAUGCAGCCGGUGGCCGCGCCUCCCCAACGGCAGCUGAUGCCCAUACCGGACGAGCAGACGUCGCUGGUGGAGGGGGACACCUGGAGUCUCCUCAACUCCACGCCGGGAGCUGUGGAGGCUGCCGGCGGGCGGCCCUUCCCCUGGGUGGUCACUUUAGCGAGCGUCCUCAUCUUCACCAUAGUGGUGGAUAUCAUCGGAAAUCUGCUGGUGGUCAUCUCCGUGCUCAGGAACAGGAAACUCCGAAAAGCAGGAAACGCCUUUGUGGUGAGCCUGGCGCUGGCCGACCUGCUGGUGGCCGUCUACCCCUACCCCCUGGUGCUCGCGGCCAUCUUCAACGACGGCUGGGUCGCCGGCUACCUCCAGUGCCAGAUCAGCGGCUUCCUGAUGGGCCUCAGCGUCAUCGGCUCCAUCUUCAACAUCACCGGCAUCGCCGUCAACCGCUACUGCUACAUCUGCCACAGCCUCCGGUACGACACCGUGUACUCCGGCAGCAACACCGUGUGCUACGUGCUGCUGGUGUGGGCGCUCACCGUCCUGGCCAUCGCGCCCAACUGGUUCGUGGAGUCGCUGCGGUACGACCCGCGCGUCUACUCCUGCACCUUCGCCCAGUCCGUCAGCCCCCUGUACACCGUGGCGGUGGUGCUGGUGCACUUCGUCCUGCCCAUCGCCGUCGUCUCCUACUGCUACCUGCGCAUCUGGAUCCUGGUCAUCCGGGCGAGGCGCCGGGUCAAGACCGACGCGCGGCCCAAGAUCAAGCCGCACGACGUCCGCGGCUUCCUCACCAUGUUCGUGGUGUUCGUGCUGUUUGCCGUGUGCUGGGCGCCCAUCAACCUGAUCGGGCUGGCGGUGGCGCUGGACCCCCGACUGGGGCCGGCCGUCCCCGAGUGGCUGUUUGUAGCCAGCUACUUCAUGGCGUAUUUUAACAGCUGCCUCAACGCCGUGGUGUACGGCGCGCUCAACAGCAACUUCAGGAAGGAGUACAAGCGCAUCGUUAUCAUCAUAUUCAAGUUCCACUGCUGACGGUGGGGGGAGGUUGUAGACACCUAUGAGGAACAGAUGAGAUACUUUGGUUUACAACGAAAGGAGUAUGAAAGGAAAUAGGAAAGGGGAUUUAUGGGAAUUGAGAAAGGAAAAAGAGGAAUCAAGGGGAAUGGGAGAGAAUAACGGAUAGAUUGAAUUUGAGAAGACAGCGGGAAAAAAAUGAGGAUAUGGUCGUGCUGUACCAUGCGAGAAAGAGAAGGAAGAUAAAGUAUUAUUCUUUAGCUCUUUCUUCCUCUCCCCCUUUUGCGUCUGCAUCACAGGGAGAGGGUGGUGGAGGCGGUGUGUACUACUUUACCUACAUUAUCUGCUGGUAUAUGAAUAUGUGCUCAAGCAUGGACCGCAUGCCACUCAUGAAUUUAAAAGAGAUUCCAAUAAUGGGACAUUGCUAUGGAAACUGAAUCGUCGUGAAGCCCUUGUCCCUGCAAUGGUGUGCAGUUUCACAUCAGUAUCAAGGAGAUACACCCUUGUUUCUAUACAUAUUAAACUACAAUUACGAAAGGGCAUGGAUACUAAUAAGACAUUUAGAACUUAAGUAUUCUGACCAUAUCACUGUGUGCUUUUUUUUUGGGGGGGGGGGGGGGGUAUUUAUGUUAUUCUGUGAUUCACGGUGUAACUGUCAGUUCAAAACCAGUAUGAUUCGCUUAGAGUGAAACAAAGACUUUAAGGUGGCCCUUAAAGUCUGAAUUCAGAUUCCUCAACAAUGCCGGUCAGGUAAAAGGGUAAUGCAGCUGUGUGGCAGAAGUACAGAAUAAAGGAGGAACUUUGUGGGUUGGGAUGAUAACAGGAAAUGAAGGUGAACAUUUAUAACAUUCAUUUUAUUUAAUUUUUUAAUGAACGAAAGGUGCUAUUGGGAAAGGCAAAGAGUCAAACCUGGCACUGAUGAACUCGGCAUGGUCUUGAAAAUACAGUGUGUUUCCUGAAAAUUUAACUUUGAGAGUAAAAGAAUGGAUUGAAGGCGAGACGUCGAGCUAUUGUCUUUUUUUCUCGUAUCACGACACUGAGCAAAAGACAAAGAUGUCAUUGCAACUGGUGACAGCUGGUGAUAACAGGGCGAACUAUAUCCAAGAUAAUCGGCUGGCAUUGCAGCCGCAGGUUAAGAGGGAACUUGUUCUUUUGAAUAUUUGCUAAAAGAUUAAUGCUACUUUGAAAUGAGCUUUUCAACUGUGAAACGGUGAGGAACCUUCUUACAAUGCCAACGUUUACUCGUGCUGUUUUUGCAUUGCGCCAUGGAGACCACGAAUGUGAUUUUUGAAUGUUUGUUCUUCUGAUCUGAGAACAGCCCAAUGUAAAAUGUAAAUUUUAUCAUUAUAUUUACUAUUAAAGAACGUACACUGUGAACCUU